CUAGGACAGGACCGGCUGGAACUCGUACAGUCUGACACAAUAUUGAGGCGCUUUCAGGUUUUCUGCCCAGAUCAGCACAGAGUAAAGCAGGUUGUAUUUGAUGGAAGAUUAACUUUCAGGAGACUCAUUGAUCUGGAGAAGAUCAGGAACAGGAUAGCUUCUGGUUUUCUCCUUUCAAUCAUUAAUGUUCAACAGGCUUUCCUCUGCUGCUCUCCACACCCCUAAACUCCCUCCGUUCUCUCUGUCCGGUCUGUCCAGUUGCCCAGCAGCCUUCAGACUAACACUCUGGUCCUUCCUCUUCUCACUGAGAUGGGGUUCACAGACCUGCUAGAAGAGGUGGGCGGUUUUGGCAGGUACCAGUGGAUCCAUGUCACCCUAAUCAGUUUACCCGGUCUGAUGAUGGCGAGUCAGAACCUACUGAACAACUUUGUCUCAGGAGUCCCAACCCAUCACUGCAACCCUGUCACCAAUCAGAGCCUGGACGACCUGGCGUUCUCCUUCCAGGUGGACAAGCAGCAGCUGCUGAAAGUCUUUAUUCCUCCAGAUCCUUCAGGAAAUAGACUUGACCGCUGCAGGAGGUAUGUGGAGCCUCAGUGGCAUCUGUUGCACCUGAACGGCUCUUUGAAUGUCAGCCAGCUCCAGACUGAAGGAUGUGUUGACGGAUGGAGCUUCGACCAAUCAGAGUUUUCUGCAACCACCGUCUCCGAGUGGGACCUGGUCUGUUCAAUGCGUCCCCUCAAACAGAUGAUCCAGACCAUCUAUAUGGGUGGAGUAUUAGCAGGAGCCAUCAUUUAUGGUGGCCUAUCUGACAGGUUUGGAAGGAAGACUGUCCUUAUAUGGUCCUAUCUACAGCUGGCGGUGCUGGGUUGUAGCGCUGCCCUUUCUCCUUCAUACACAGCCUACUGUAUCUUCAGGGCCCUGAGCGGGAUGGCAGUGUCUGGAAUCAUCCUCAAUGGAGUCUCCCUCAAGGUGGAGUGGAUCCCUACCAAAACGAGGACAGUAGUGGGAACGCUCACCUCCUUCUUCUUCACCUUUGGUCAGAUGAUCUUGGCAGGCCUUGCCUAUUGGCUGAGAGACUGGAGGAAGCUACAGGUGGUCGUUUGUGCUCCUCAGUUCUUGUUUUUUGCCUACAGCUGGUGGUAUGCAGAGUCAGCUCGUUGGUUGGUGCUAAACCGUCAGUCUGAGAAGGCCUUGAAGAGUCUCCACAGAGUUGCUCGGAUCAAUCAGAAACCAGAGAUCAUCAACAAACUGACCCUGGAGGUUCUGAAGUCUCACAUGAGCAAAGAGAUUGAAUCAAGUCGGUCAUCGUUUACAGCCGUUGAUCUGCUGAAAACCAGGCGGAUAAGACGCAUCUCCAUCUGUCUGGUCGCUGUCUGGUUCUCCACCAGUUUUGCAUAUUAUGGUUUGGCAAUGGACCUGCAGAAGUUUGGGGUGAGUAUUUACCUGAUGCAGAUCAUCUUUGGAGCUGUGGAUAUCCCUGCCAAAUUCAUGGCUCUGGGCCUGCUCAGUUACCUGGGGCGACGGGUGUCUCAAGUGUUGUGUCUCUUCCUGUCGGCCCUCAUCAUCUUCGCCAACAUCUUUGUCCCUACAGAGAUGCAGACCCUAAGAACCACCUUGGCUUGUCUGGGUAAAGCCUUCACUUCGGCCUCCUUCACCACCGUCUACCUUUACACUGGAGAGCUUUAUCCCACCGUCAUCAGGCAGACAGGAAUGGGCUUUGUCUCCAUGAUGGCGAGGAUUGGCAGCAUGGCGGCCCCUGCAGUCCUGAUCCUGGACGAGGUUUUUCCUGCACUACCCAGUAUAAUCUAUGGGGGCGCUGCAGUGCUGGCUAGUGGCUUUGCCUGCUUCCUGCCAGAGACACUCAACAAGCCGCUGCCUGAUACCAUUGAAGAUGUGGAGGAAAGCAGGUGAGCUGCUGACCCAAAG